AUGGCAUCGCACAAACGUGGAGGAGGUUUCAAUCAUUAUAGCCGCGAUCACCACAGCAAGAAGCACAACCCACCUCUCCAGCGCAAUGCACCGCAACCAGAACUCUCCUCGGCGAGUAUGCAAACGGGCCUGGUAGCUUUGUUGGACAGGUUCGUCGCCGAAGAGACCACUCCUGGAGCAGACAAGGAAAUUCUCUACCACGCAAAUGAGCUGCGACGCCGGCUUUGCGCUCGCGACCACGGCACUUCAUCGCAAGCGAAACGCGAACUCGACGCAAAGCGACCCGACAAGGCCGUCCAGGUCGCGGUUCCCGAUUACGUACAUCGCAAAGUCCAAGAAUCUAAAGAUUUGCCCCCUCUGCCCCCCAUCGCCGAGCCCCAUCUCCACGAAGCCGUCUUCACCCAUCGAUCCGCUAUCUACGACCCCAGUAUCCCCGGCUCUUCGCUGGGCGGAGACCUCAGCCUAGACUACGAACGUCUUGAGCUGCUCGGCGACGCCUACAUCGAACUCAUUGCCUCACGCGCGCUCUACAACCGCUUCCCACACGUCGAUGUUCCGGAGCUGUGCAUGUGGCGCGAACGUCUGGUCGAGAACUCGACAUUGGGCAAAUUCUCCGAGGCGUACGGUUUUCCGGAUCGACUGAAGCACCGGGCCCAAUGGGACAAGAACUCGAAGCAAUACCACAAAGUCGUCGCCGACAUGGUCGAGGCCUACGUCGCAGCAGUCGUUCUUUCUGACCCAACGCACGGUUUCGAGGCGGCUGAGGCAUGGCUCACAGAACUUUGGGCGCCACAGCUGCUCGGCUUCAGGGAGAAGAUUAUCGAGAACCCUCAAGCGCGCGACCAACUCAACAAGCUGGUCCUCGGGAAGGGUGUCAAGCUCAUCACAAAGGAGGAGAAACCCAUGACGUACGACUCCAACAGUGUUCAAUGCUACCAUAUGGGUAUCUAUCUCACAGGGUGGGGUUACAACGACGAGUGGCUCGGCAGUGGCGAAGGUCAAAACAAAGUCCAGGCUGGCGUUGCAGCUGCAGCCGACGCCCUCAAGCGAGACAGCCCCGUGCUAAAGGACGCUAUACGACAGAAGGACGAGCUGAGGGCGGCGCGGCUCAAAGAGCAAGAAGAAAAGGCCAAGAUCAAUCAAGGUACAGAUACUCCAGCUGUAAAUAGUGGCGGCGGUGGCGAGUCUGGUGCCAAGGAGAAGAUAGACGACGACAACAAUGCCUCAAGUAAGAAGCGGAAAAAGGAAGACGAAUCCGCUUCACCUGAGCAGAAGAAGCACAGAAAGGAAAAAAAGAAGAAAAAGGAGACAUAUUCCAAGAUUCUCGAGCGAGAAUAA